UCCUCUCUCCAAAUUGGCGGAUGAGAGUCUUCGAGGUUUUUAGGUAUUUUGUAUUGUGGAAAUGAAUAUGUAGGACAAAAAGUACAAUUAAGAAGUUGAUAAUACUUCUAGAAUUGUUCUAGAAUCCAGGGAACACUUCUUAGGAAUUAGAGASGCUUUGUGAACGGUGUGAAUACUUCUUCAGUCGGGCCACUACAGCAAGAUUUGUUGGGUUUAUGUACGAACACAGAAUCUACUGGCUCACAUCUUGGGGCUAAUAUAUCGCCUAAACUCUUAGGCCAGUUCACUGUUGUCUAUUGAAACUAUGACACAAAGUCAAACCAGUGCGUUCAGCUCAUUCCCUUAUGGUGGAGCAACAAAUGGACUGUCAAUCCAUGAAAGAGAAAGAGAGGCAGCAAGAAAGGAGCGACAGUUACAAAAUACYGAAUCUGUGUCACAUUCUUUACAAUUGUUUCCACAAGGUCCAAGAAAGGUUCAGCCUUCCCGUAGUGACCGAUUACAGCAUAAUAUACAGGCUACACUGGGGGAUUUCAAUGCUUUAGCACCAUCUAUGUCUCACCAAAAACAGUACUCACUCCUUGGUAUCACAAACAAAGUGCCUCAGACACCUGUAGAUGCUGGCAACAAUAAAGUUUUCAGUUUUGAAAAUAAUUCARCUAUCAAGAAAGAAAACAAYGUGGACAAAAAUGCAAUGAAAAAUCAAAAAACGAAAUUACAGAACAGAACUAAAGACGAAAAGAAUAGAAAUGAUUUAAAAGUCACAAGUAAUAAGAAAGCAGUAAACACAGARCAAUAUUUAAAAAGUAUAAAGUCAAAUAGCAAGAAGACAUCAGAUAGUGAUCAGAAUUCUAAGGAAAUGCCACAAGUGAAAAAGGCUAGCCAAGAAGCAAAGAUUUGUACAGUGAAAAAGGAGUCGUUGUGUGAGGUCUCUAAGCAAGAACAACAGGUUCAACCUACUGAUGAGAAGAUAWCAAGCAUCAAGAAAGAAUCAAAAGAUACAACAAUCAAGCAUAAACCACCAAAACUGUCUAUCAAAACAAGAAGUCCUGAUCAUAGAUUAGCAACAACUGAGUCCACACAGGCCAAUGUAAAGAAGAUCCUUGAGGAAAUGACUCAACCAGGGCCUCCUCCACUAACUGCAAUCCAGACGCCACGCAAAAACAACGCACAGUUUGCAUUUCCACUUAAUCCCCCAGCAUCAUCAUUAUUGAAUGGCUCAAGUCCUCUUACUCAAAGCAUUAACAAAAAAGAAAAAGAAGAACAAAUUCUCAAAGAUCUUCAUAUUUCAGAUGAUGAGAACACUGAUGACGAGGCCAAUGACAGCAGUGAUGACAGUGAUUCAAGUAGUGACAGUGACAGUGAUUCCAGUAGUGACAAUUCACCACCCAAUAGCCCCGUUAGAUCAAAGUUAAACAAACCUGGCAAGAGCUGCACACCUAACCAUAUUGACAAGCAGGCUGCAAAGACGAGCCAACCUGCUUCAGUGACGCUGGCAUCUAGCACAAGCUCUCUUGGUGAUACUGGAGAAGGAGGUGUUCGAGGUGAUCUUGCAGCACCUGGUGCACACACUAGUCCUCUAAACAAUCCUUUACUAAAUGCUGAUAACCCAGCAAAUGGUUUGAGUUUAUUUGAAGACUUUGGCUUUGACUUGCCUGACAUAUCUAAGACUAUGUUAGAUGAAUUUGGCAGCUGCCAUGAUGGUGAUGAAAGUGGUUUGAUUGACCCAGCACUACUUGCAAAUGACAUUGAUCUUUGUAAUAAAGACCCUAUUAAUCACUUUAAACCAAUAGAAACACCUUCUGAGGUCAAACUAAAACAGCCUGAAGUUCAUUCCGCAAAGGAAGUCGAAAACAGGACAAAAGAAGAUUCGGAGGGAAAAUUGUCAAAGCAACCUAAAGMAAAUCAUGAAAAAACUUCAAAGUCAACAAAUAAAAGAAAAGCAUCUGAUAGUUCAAAGUCAAAUUCUAAAAGUAAUGACAGUAAAGAUGAGUCCAAAACAAAAAAGGUUGACAAAACAAGUGACAGAAAGGUUGUUAAAGCAAAGACUGUGAAAGGGACCAAACCAUCAAAGCCUUCAGUCAGCGAUGGGGAAAAUGAGGAAAUUGAUGUUGUAACUGUGACUGAUGCUAACAAUGAUAAAGGAUUAUUAAAUAAAUCAGAUACUGUAGAUAUUAAAAACAAUAAAACAGAAGAAUCCAACAAGGCAUCCAGUAAAACUAAAACUACUGAGAAACUUGUUAAUGGUCACAAGGAACCUUCUGUUAAUGGACAUAGAAACUCCUUACUCAAUGGACAUCAUAAAGACACCUUGUUGCUUGAGGAGAAAGAAACUGUCGAUGGCAAGYUGUUAUCUCUUUCACCUAAACACGGCCUUAGUGAAGAGAUUACUUUAGACUGCAACUCAAAGCCUGAUGCAUUAGUAGUUAAAAUACCUUUGGCCUUGUUGAAGAGAAUUCCAUUGCUUAAGAGUAUUAACAAUAAGAUGGAAGUUGAGACUAGUCCACCUAGAAAACCUACAAAACAUCAAUUAUCGGUUGAAUGUAGUGAUGGUAAAAAACCUAGGUAUGACCAUUCUUCAAAAAGGUGAGUAGCAACAGCUUUAUAACCUGUUCA